AUGUCAGACGAAAAACUCAAACUCGCCGAGAUCGAUAAUCUCAAAAAGGUUGCCUUCUUUGGCAUCUCUGUUGCGACAAUCGCAACUUUAGUCGCUAUUGUUGCCACUCCAAUGAUGUACAGCUAUAUGCAGCAUGUGCAAUCUUCCCUACAGAAUGAAGUCGACUUUUGCCGACACCGAACUGACGGUCUUUGGGAUGAAUUUGGACGAUUCGAGAUGUCGAACGGCAAAGAGUUGAGAAUCAAGAGAGCUGCCCGGGCUCGUGCAUAUGGUGCUGAUAUUUAUGGAGCUGGAGGUGGUGGUGGUGGAGGUGGUGGUGGUUAUGCUACGGGCGGAGGAGGCGGUGGAGGCGGUGGUGGUUGCUGCUCGUGCGGAAUCGGAGCCGCCGGACCACCAGGACCACCAGGACCUGAUGGACAGCCAGGCACCGACGGACAAGCUGGAAACCCAGGACAAGCUGGAUCGGAUGCUCAGCAAGCUACGCCAUCAGCCGGCGACUUCUGCUUCGACUGCCCACCAGGACCACCAGGACCACCAGGAAACCCGGGAGGACCUGGACCAGCUGGAAACCCAGGAGCUCCGGGAAAUACCCCAUCGGGUGGAGGCGCUGGACCACCAGGACCACCAGGACCACCAGGACCACCAGGAAACGACGGGCAGCCAGGAGCACCAGGAAACCCAGGAGCUCCAGGACAGGUUGUCGAACAACCAGGAACCGCCGGACCACCGGGACCACCUGGACCAGCUGGACCACCAGGACCGCCAGGAAAUCCAGGAGCUGGAGGAUAUGCACAACCAGGACCACCAGGACCUCCAGGAGACGCUGGACCGGAUGGAGCCCCAGGAAACCCAGGACAGCCAGGACCACCAGGAGACGCCGGAAGCUCAGGAUCCGGAGGCGGCUGCGACCACUGCCCUCCGCCAAGAACCGCUCCAGGAUACUAG